CCAUAGUUGUAAAAAAAAUCACCAAAUCAUACACGGAAGAAUAAGGAAGGGGGAGACCAAGGAAGAAGACGAAACCAGACAAUUCACCAUCUGCAAAUACUCAAUCGGAUAAUUCAAGUGAAAUGAAUACGCCUGUUCCUACAGUUCCAGCAGAUCCGGGAAAAAAAGAGAAACUGAGAGACGAAGGAAAAGACGAUCUGGAGAAAGACGGACAGAUGGCAGUUGAGGAAGAGGCAUUGAGAGAAUCGGCACAAGAGGAAUUACAGGUACUGCCUAAAUCAUAUGCUGAAGCAGUGGGCGAUAAAGAGGAAUUGGAUUGUAAACUGCACUUUAUUGCUGCGAUUGAACAUAAUGGUUGCAAAAUUGCAAAGAUGACGAAGGAUGAUAUCGUGGAAACAUCCUCUUACUGGGAAACUGCAAUACUGAUGUGUAUCCUAGGUGCAAAUCCUCCAAUCGAGGUGGUCGAAGGAUUCGCUAAAAGGAUAUGGAAACAGGCAGAUAUUCUGGAUGUUACUAUGCUCAAACCUGGGCAAUUUGUGUUUCGAUUUGAUCUGGAUCCCAAAUUUUGGAGCAUCUCUGGCCUAAGCAAGAUUGGAACCCUUAUAGGUAACCCAAUUAAAGCUGACAAAACAACAAUUGGGAAAACCAGAUUGAAUUAUGCUAGAAUACAGAUAGAGGUUGGUAUGAAGCAACAUUUUCCUGAAGAAGUGCAGUUUGAAGAUGAUAAAGGAAGGAUCAUAACACAGACUGUGAAAUAUGAGUCGUACCCUAUCUCAUGUACUCACUGUAAAGCAAUUGGGCAUCAAGAAAAUUUGUGCAGGAAGAAAACAGGUGAAAGGAAGAAGAUGGUAUGGAAAAGAAAAGAUAGGCAAAACAGGAAGAGCUUAUGGCAGUUCUUAAAGGGCAUGUAUGCACAGACUAGUGGAGCUUGGUGCUUAAUGGGGGACUUUAAUACUAUACUUGGAACUGAUGAUAGGAAGGGUGGCCUGCAAAUUAGCCUGGAGGAAACUAUGGAUUUCAGAGAAUGCAUAAAUUUCUGUGAAUUGGAAGAAAUCCCUAAAGAAGGAGCCUACUACACUUGGACAAAUAAACAAAUGGCAGAGAACAGAAUUAUAUCAAAAUUUUGUGACAUGUGGAUCACAAACCCCGAGUUCCCUAAGAUAUUGAAGGAUGUCUGGAAUUCUAAUAUAGAGGGAAGGAAGAUGUACCAGCUUACCCAAAAGCUAAAGAUGCUGAAACAACCUCUGAGGAAACUGCACAGGAGGAAGUUUAGUAAUAUACAGGAUCAAUGUGAUUUGGCCAGAGAGGAAGUAGCUAGAAUCCAAAAGGAGCUGAGGAAUGAUCCUUUUAAUACCACACUAAUAACAGAGGAGAGGAAACUGAUAGCAGAUUUUCAAAUGAAAUUGAAGAACGCUCACAGAAUGCAAUGCCAUAUUAUGAAACAAACUUGGAUUAAAGAAGGUGACCUGAACUCUAGAAUGUACCAUGCCUGGAUCAAGAAAAGAAAGCUUCAAAAUCAUAUUGGAUGUAUUUACAACAAUAAGGGGGAUAGGAUUGAAAACACUGAAGGGAUUGCUGGGGAAAUGAUAAGACUUUUCCACCAACUCCUAGGCACACAGAAUCAGGUAGAGGAGAUUGACACAGAGGUUAUAAGAGGGGGGAAAAUCCUGACAACUGACCAACAACUGGCACUCAUAGAAGAAGUAACCCCCGAACAGAUAAAGGAAGCAAUGUUUGAUAUUCCCAAUACGAAGAGCCCGGGUCCAGAUGGGUAUAACAGUGGCUUUUUCAAAACCUAAUGGGGACAAGUGGGGGGAUUAGUCACAGAGGCUGUUAUGGAAUUUUUCCAAGCUAAUAAAACUUUGAGACAAGU